AUGAAUUUCUCUUUGUCAGACCAAGAAGUAUACUGCUUUAUUGGUAUCCUUAUUUUGUCUGGUUAUGCUCCUUUGCCACGACGCCGCAUGUACUGGGAGAGCAAUGAAGAUACCCACAACAUUCUUGUCGUAAAAAGUAUGCGUCGCAAUCGAUUUGAAGAGAUAUCGCGUUAUUUUCAUGUGGCCGAUAAUACUGCACUGCCUGAAAAUGAUAAGAUGGCAAAAGUACGCCCGCUGAUUGAUAUGCUAAAUGCUAAAUUUCUACAGUAUGCUCCUAUCGAAAAGCAAAUAAGUAUCGAUGAAUCCAUGGUUCCGUAUUACGGCAGGCAUGGUUGCAAACAGCACAUCAAAGGGAAGCCAAUAAGGUUUGGGUUCAAAAUGUGGAUUGCUGCCACGAGAUUGGGCUACUGCCUGUAUGCCGAUCCCUAUCAAGGGCGGUCCGAACGUACAGAAACAGGAUUAGGACGUCAUGUUAUCAAUAAACUGAUAACUAAAGUACAGGAGGAAUUUCCUAAUACAGAUUUCUCUGUGUAUUGCGACAAUUUUUUUACUGGUCUGCCAUUGGCCAGUGAUCUAAAAGAGAAGCAUGUGUUUUUGACGGGUACAGUGCGUAGUAACCGUAUUGAAAACUGCCCACUGAAAGACGCAAAAGUAUUUUUGAGUACCAACUACAACGUGUCUUCACCUGCAACAUCUACAGCUUCAUCUGCACGUCGUAAACGACAGGCCAAUGUCGAAAUUGCAAAUACUAUAUCAUUGAUAGGUAAAAAAUUAGAAAACCCUGAUGUUGAUGUUCGUUGA